AUGAUAUUAACUGAUGGUAUCUUUCCCUAUAGUUACUUUCUGGCUAUUGAAGUAAAUAUGGAAAAAGACUUCUUCGAUGGCAAGGUAAGCAUUUACGUUAACGUAACUAAAUCAACAAAUGUAAUUUUAGUUCAUCAAGUGGAUCUCCAAAUUAAUAAUGUGUUGUUGAAAAACCUUGAAGACAAUCAAAUUCAGAUUGAAAGUCACUUUAACUAUUUUGCCAAUGAAUAUUACGUAAUAAAAGUUGCUUCAAUGCUCUUAGCUAAUAUGUCGUACGUAAUUUUUAUUGAUUUUAACGGAACAUUGCGUUCAGAUCUUAAUGGAUUUUAUAAAAGUAGUUAUACGGAAAAUAAUAUUACACACAAUAUUGCAUCAACAUUUUUCUCACCUAUAAGUGCACGAAAAGCUUUUCCGUGUAUUGAUGAGCCAAAGUUUAAAGCAACAUUUUCAUUGUCUCUUACUCAUAAUGAAAAGUAUUAUGCUAUUUCAAAUAUGCCUAAACUAAUAAGCAAGAAAAAUGGAACGAAAAUAUCCACUUUGUUUCAAACAACGCCAAUAAUGUCAACAUAUACUCUUUGCUGGGUAGUUUCUAAUUAUAAACACAUCAAGUUAAUAACUGAUAAUGGAUUAGUUAUAAAAGCUUGGGUGCCUUACAACCAACUUGCUGAUACAGAGUAUACAUUAAAUGCAACAGUAAUGCUUCUAAAGUAUUUUGAAGAUUACUUUAAAAUACCAUUUUUAUUAAAAAAACUUGAUAUUGUUGCCAUACCAAACUUUGGACCAGGAGCAAUGGAAAAUUGGGGUCUAAUAACCUAUAGAUUUGACAAAAUGUUAAUAAAUAAUGAAUUAUCAACAGAAAUAGAUAAGCAAGCAACUUUUUUAAUUAUUGCUCAUGAAUUAGUGCAUCAAUGGUUUGGUAACCUAGCAACGAUGAAGUUUUGGACUGAUACUUGGUUAAAAGAAGGUUUUGCUAGUUACAUGAGUUAUUAUGGAUCUGAUCAACUUAAACCAAAUAUGGAAUCUAUGAAAAAAGCUUUUACUGACCUAAUGAUACCGGCUUUUAAAUUAGAUUCUUUUUUGACUUCGCACCCAAUUUCAACAAAGGUAACAAAUUCUAAUGAAAUUCGAGAAAUUUUUGAUACAAUAACAUAUAACAAAGGUUCGUGCAUAGUCCAAAUGCUUCAUAGUUAUUUAUGA